UGUGAGGUUUACGUUUUUAAAUGGUAAUGAAGGAAGUCCUUUUAGUUUUGCAGCAUCUUCCUUCACUGACGGAUAACAGCUUUGCUUUACUCCUGACUGUGCAAAUGGAAAUGUUUAAAAUACUCCUUUUGACAGUGGCAGUCAUUGCAGCAGUAAAAUCUCAAAAUGCAACUGAUGGAUCCAAACCAACAAUCAGUUUGAAGCAAGAUCCAGAAUACCCAGAGAUCUACACCGGCGAACAGGUCAUACUUACCUGUAACAUUAAAGAGCAGACAUCUCCUCCCUGGACAUACCAGUGGAAAAAAGACAAUACUGAAGUCAACAGUGGCGGUCAGAUUUAUAAUAUCUCCAGUGCUACAAUGCUUCACAAAGGGUCCUACACGUGUCAUAUCAGCAGGAAUGGGGUCACAUUUUCAUCUGAGCCAAAUAACCUGACCAUAAUCGAGACACCUCAACCACAACUGUCCAAAGAGCCUCAAUGGGAUUUAUUUUACCCAACUGAAAAGGUGACUCUGACGUGUUCAAUCAAUGGAAAUCCAAAUGAUUGGAAAUAUAGAUGGUACAAAAUCAAAGAUAAGCUGGACGAUGACAUAUCCAUAUCUGGAAAAACACUUACAAUAAACUCAGCAAAAUCAAGUUACUCUGGAAAAUAUAUGUGCAAAGCAAAACAUCUACGAAGAUCUGCAGUUACAAAACCAGCAGAACUUUUGGAGCUUCACAUUUCAGAUUCCACUCCUAAACCAACCAUACGACCAGACCCAUCAUUUGAGUUUUUCUACACUGGUGAACAAGUCCGGCUUACUUGUGACAUGCCAGGUGCCGCAUGGGAAUAUCAUUGGCACAAAGACUCAAAGACAACAGAACUUUCCACUCCAAAUAAAAAUUAUAUUAUUAAUUCAGCAUCUCUCCAUGACGCUGGUGAAUAUUACUGCGAAGCAAAGAGACGUGACUUCUCAAUCAACAGUGAGAACAUGACAUUGCAAGUUAAAGAGCCACCUCAACCAACACUGUCCAAAGAGCCUCAAUGGGAUUUAUUUUACCCAACUGAAAAGGUGACUCUAACGUGUUCAAUCAAUGGAAAUCCAAAUGAUUGGGAAUAUGAAUGGUACAAAAACGAAAAUAAGCUCUCCAAAGACAAUGACAUAUCCUUAUCUGGAAAAACACUUUCAAUAAACUCAGCAAAAUCAAGUCACUCUGGAAGUUAUAAGUGCAAAGCAAAACAUCUACAGAGAUCUCCAGUUACUACAAAAGAAACAGAGGCCCUGCAGCUUCACAUUUCAGAUUCCACUCCUGAACCAACCAUACGACCAGACCCAUCAUUUGAGUUUUUCUACACUGGUGAACAAGUCCAUCUUACUUGUAACAUGCCAGGUGCCGCAUGGGAAUAUUAUUGGUACAAAGACUCAAAGACAACAGAACUUUUUUCUGCAAAUAAAAAUUAUAUUAUUAAUUCAGCAUCUCUCCAUGACACUGGAGAAUAUCACUGCGAAGCAAAGAGAGGGAACGUCUCGAUCAACAGUGGGAAAAUGAAAGUGCAAGUUAAAGAGCCACCUCAACCACAACUGUCCAAAGAGCCUCAAUGGGAAUUAUUUUACCCAACUGAAAAGGUGACUCUGACGUGUUUAAUCAAUGAAAAUCCAAACGAUUGGGAAUAUGAAUGGUACAGAAACGAAAUUAAGCUCUCCAAAGACAAUGACAUAUCCUUAUCUGGAAAAACACUUUCAAUAAACUCAGCAAAAUCAAGUCACUCAGGAAACUAUACGUGCAAAGCAAAACAUCUACGGAGAUCUCCAGUCACUACAAAAGAAACAGAGGCUCUGCAGCUUCACAUUUCAGAUUCCACUCCUGAACCAACCAUACGACCAGACCCAUCAUUUGAGUUUUUCUACACUGAUGAACGAGUCCAGCUUACUUGUAACAUGCCAGGUGCCGCAUGGGAAUAUUAUUGGUACAAAGACUCAAACACAACAGAACUUUCUACUGGAAAUAAAAAUUAUAUUAUUAAUUCAGCAUCUCUCCAUGACACUGGUGAAUAUCACUGCAAUGCAAAGAGACGUGACUUCUCAAUCAACAGUGAGAACAUGACAUUGCAAGUUAAAGAGCCACCUCAACCACAACUGUCCAAAGAGCCUCAAUGGGAUUUAUUUUACCCAACUGAAAAGGUGACUCUGACGUGUUCAAUCAAUGAAAAUCCAAACGAUUGGGAAUAUGAAUGGUACAACAACGAAAUUAAGCUCUCCAAAGACAAUGACAUCUCCAUAUCUGGAAAAACACUUUCAAUAAACUCUGCAAAAUCAAGUCACUCUGGAAACUAUAAGUGCAAAGCAAAACAUUUACGGAGAUCUCCAGUCACUACAAAUGAAUCAGAGGCUCUGCAGCUUCACAUUUCAGGCAAGUAA